AUGAUGAAGUGCCAUUACGAGGUGCUGGGUGUGGAGCAGAGCGCCACAGAUGAUGAGUUGAAGAAGGCCUAUCGCCGCAUGGCGCGGCAGCUUCACCCAGACAAGAAUCGUGGCAAUGAAGAGGAAGCAACGCAGCAAUUUCAGCUCGUGCAGGCCGCAUAUGCCGUCCUGAGCGAUCCACAAGAACGAGCGUGGUACGACAAGCACCGGGAAGCCAUUCUCCGAUGGCACACUUGCCACCUGGGUGUGGAUGUGAUGCCGUACUUCUCCACGACCGCCUUCACUGGUUAUGACGACAGCCCCCAGGGCUUCUACACCGUGUAUCGAGAGCUUUUCCAGCGCAUUGUUGAAGAUGAACAAGCUCAUCAUGAAGCUCUCCAGCGACAAGGAUAUUCCCAGCUUUUGAUGGCGUUUGGGGAUCUGGCGUUGCACUCAUUCCCUGGUGUACACAGACCACCGCUCGGCUUUGUCAUCCGUGCAAUCGCGCCAGCAGACUGGGUUCGCAAGACACACGGCGGCGAUGGUGCAGAGGGUGUGGAUGUGAUGCCGUACUUCUCCACGACCGCCUUCACUGGUUAUGACGACAGCCCCCAGGGCUUCUACACCGUGUAUCGAGAGCUUUUCCAGCGCAUUGUUGAAGAUGAACAGCUCAUCAUGAAGCUCUCCAGCGACAAGGAUAUUCCCAGCUUUGGAGACAGCAGGAGUAAUGUCCAGAAGGUCGUCCGGCCAUUUUAUAAGCACUGGGAUGCAUUCACCACGCGUCGCCAUUUUCAUUCAUGCGAUAAAUGGGACCUUCGCGACGCACCCAACCGCCGCGUGCGCCGGCUGAUGGAGAAGGAGAACAAGAAGUUGCGAGCGACUGCAAAGAAGGAAUAUGUGGCCACUGUUCGGCAACUUGUGCGCUUUGUCAAGAAGCGCGACAAGAGGUAUCAGCGCUACCUGGAGGAAGUGCGCGAACAGCGUGAGCGAGCACAACAGGAAGAGCAGCGCAGACAAGAAGCAAAGGAAAAGCGCCUCGCCGAAGAGCGUGCGCGACAAGAAGAACGGCUGGUGGCUCAGGCACAGCGCGUGAUGGCAGACCGGGAGGAUGAUCUUAGCGCCCUUGACGCGUACUUUGAUCAGCAGUUUGGUGCGUGA